AUGACUGCCGGGGGAGACCGAGGGCGGCAGAGGAGACGUUCGUUUCUGUCUCGAGUGCGUGAUUUCUUUCAGCGAGGACGCCACAGACGGCGCCAGACAAGCCAUGACGCCACCGACUACAAAGACUAUGUGGAGGAAGCGACAAUGACCCGUGUCGACGGAGCAUUUGGGUUUGAGCUCAACGCAUUCGGCGAUGUUAACUCGGAUGAUUUUGGGGUGUUUUUGAAGAACUGCCACCCACACCUGCGUCACUACGAAGGAAAGCUUGUGGCGACCGUGGCCGGAAAAGAUGUUCGCUCCUUCACCGUUGCGAUGAUACAGGCACAGCUGGACUCGGCGAGAGGGCAGCAUGUGAAACUUGGGCUCGUCGACCACCGCCACUACGACCGCGUGUUUCGACAGGCCAACCGAACCGAUGGUACCACACAGCACGCAAGCGCACGGAGUUUGAGUGAAGAUGGGCGCAGCGGGCGUGACUCAAGUCUAUCGACAGAGGGACAACAGAUCAUUUUUAACAACCUGCGUCAGAACUCCAUGAACAGUCUUGACCGGGUACUGCCACGCCCACGUCCGCACGUACACCUACAUCAACACCACAACCCCCAAUUGCCCCACCAUCGCAGACAUCAGCAAGCGAGCCUUCCACGCCGAUUCUCGUCGCCCGGGCUUUUGCUGCACCCGAGCAGAGACGACGACAGCCUGUCGCUGGCAUCACGCAAUGAUGUGUACUGGAACAUCGACCGUGUGUUAUGGCAAGACUAUUACGUGGGCGUAUCCGACAAGGAGGAGUCAACGGCACUGUUGCAGUCUUGUCCAACGGGCACGUUUCUGUUGCGCACAGGGGUGGACUAUGAGGAGUUGCAUCCGAGCGGAUAUCGUCUUGGGGUCAAGUGGCACGAGACCGUGCAACACUUCAAAGUGUACCACGUCGCUGACAGGGACAGGUUUUACAUCUACGCUGAUCGCGAGUUUGACGUGAUUGAGGACCUCAUCCAACACUACCACAUGAACUCCAUCGAGAGGACACAGUCCAAGCUCGUGUUUCCCGUCUUCUCGCGCGGCGCCUCUGUCUGGCGCAGCGAUGGGCACGAGCACCUCGCGCCGCUCCGCCGCGCAUCUGUUGCCGACACACGAACGCUGCGCCGAUUUGGACGCCAGCAUGCAUGGCAGCGGCACAGGCGGGAGAGUGACGCAGGCACGGGUGGCGGCGCUGGCGUUUGUGGUGUUGGUUGGAGGAGCAGCAGCACGGGCGCGUCAGCACGUGCACACAGCAUGGGUCGCCAAAGCGUGGUGAGUGACGAUUUCGGGGAAGAGUCCCACUACGACGGCGAGCGGCGUGGCUCGUCGUCCCGCCCGCGACCACCGCCCGCACCGUCAUCGCGGCCAUCGUCUGCACACGGAUCCACACGUGCAGAGGCAGCACGCCACCGCCGUCGCUCAGAGCACACCUUCAAUGCGUCGUUCAGGCAGCAGCGGCAGCGACCCAGAAGCCGUGGCAGCAUCGGCGGCGGCGGUGGUGGUGGUGGUGGUGGUGGUGGUGGUCGACGGUUCUGGCGGCAGGGGUCACUGGACAGCGAGGGCGAUUUCUCGUUGACGGAGAUUGAUGACACAUUGUUGCGCGGGCAGCGCGGCGAGGUGGAGGUAGAGGUGGAAGAGGAGGAGGAGACGGACGUAUUUGUGGAAAGAAGUGUGAACAUGCGGAAAAUGUGGGACGUGGCAGAGGAGCCUGAAUUUGCACACGCACCUACAACGCGGCUGGCAACCAUGCACGCCACGAAGGCCGUCAGCCACGGUAGCGCUGGUCGGGGCACCAUCGUUGAUGUCAGCAGCACCGAUGAUGAGGACAUCGACGCCGGUGUGGCUGGGCAACACCAAUCGCACGUGUUCGCAAGCACCACGGCCAGCAGCUGCUCCAGUAGUGGAAGCAGCGGCAUCGGCGACACGAAGCAACUGAGCCAACGGCAGCAGCAAGUGCCGACGGUGGAAGAGACCAAGGAGCGGCAUCACAGCCAAAGCAAUUACGGACCCUCGCUUGCUUCGACUGGGGUUGUUUAUGACCAUCACCAACCCCACACUUACAACAGCCACCAUCAUGCCAACACAACAAUAUCCACACCAACAUCAGCACUCGCAGCAACCACACCAACAGCACCAACAAUUGCGGCAAUACCAUCCACAACGGCAACAGCAGCAGCAGCAGCAAGUGGAGAGCAUCACCACCACCAUCACCACCACCGCCACCAUCAUGGGCAUGCUUCACACCAGCAUGAUUAUGAUGUCCAGUAUCAACAGCGAGACGGCAGCAAGAGCGUGGUUGGCACGCAGACGGAAGCGGAGAAGCGCAACCCUGUGCGGGUGCACGAGCACGCGUUUGAGGCCUUACCCAUUUACAUGGCGCUGCUGUCCACGGACUACUCACCUGCGCCAUCGCGCGCCAACACAGCCCCUGUGACGCCGAUGGCCACGGCAGCGUCGUCGCCUCGCAUGGGACCGCAGGCAAGAGUUGCUGACGAGGGAGACAGCCUGCACUCCCGUCGCAGCCGCAGUGCGUGCACGAGGGGCGGGAGGAGUGAGUUCAGCAGCAGGUACAGGAGCAUGGACCACCUGCUGCGCGAGGGGCGUGGAGAGGGACGGGUGCGACGAAGGAUUAAGACGGAGACUACACUAGACAAGCAGGAAGAGGUGAACCAGGAAGGGGCUGCACAGCCGUGGACGUCAAGAAGGAGGAGGAGGAGAAAGAGAAGGAAGAAAGGGAGGAGGAGGUGCCGGCGUUCAAGACCUGGCGAACGGGCCAGUCAGGACACUUUGCGGCACACCAGUCAAGGAUCCCCAGAUGUAUACAGGAGAAGCGCAGGUGUCCAGGAACCACAAUCACCGGUAUCGCCGCACUCGCCGCACUCGCCGCGUCGUAAUGGUGUUGUUGAUGGUCUUGUUGGUGUUGGUGGUGUUGGUGGUGUUGGGUUGCUGAGGACCCAUGGCAGUGGCCGUGUGAUCCGCAGCAGCAGCAGCAGCAGUUACGUGCGCGGUGACGGUGACGGCACGGUGUCAUUGUUGGCAGCUGAGAGAACGCCACACGAGGAGCAGCUACAGGCACAUUCACCUUCUUCCCACCAUCGUGCGCACGUGCGUGAGUGUGGAGCAACAGCAGUGUCGUCAUCGUCGUCUGGCGUGCGGUCAUCUGUUGCGCGUGCCCGUGAGCGCCACCACCGCCACCGCCACCGCCACCUCCGUGCGGACCAGCUGCAUGUGUCAUCAUGGUCUAGCGGACAACGUCGCCGGUCUGCCCCCGUUGUGUUGGACGGGGUGAACAGCAACGACGACGCCAGCGCCGACGAGUCGUCUGAGGGGCGGGGAUUGGGAGGGGCGCGAUCGGCGUUUACGAGCUACAGCGGGCCCGGGCGCCCCCCGUUUGCCGCGCGACGGCGAGCCACGUUUGCUGGCUGCGCAACGCCGGCCGCGCACACGCUGCACUGCACCAGCACAUGCGGCAGCGACACUGACGACGACGGCGAUGGCGCUGGUGAUGUCGGGCGAGGCGUUCGCGUUGUUGGUGUUGGGGUCAGUACAAGAACAGCAGCAGCAACAACAGCAGCAGCAACAAGAACAGCAGCAACAGCAGCAACAACAACAGCAGCAGCAGCAGCAACAACAAUAAGCGGCAGUGGCUGCAACAGCAGUGGACGCAGUUGUGACAGAGGUGAGGCCGUGCAUGGGAGAGGAAGCGUCGGGUGGCCAGCCACCACCAUACAAGGCAGCGGCAGCAACAGCAGCAGUAGUGCGCGUUCAUCGCGUAGGAGGGCGCGGCAUGCGUUGAGCAGCAGCUGUAGCAGCGGCGGGCUGAGUGGAAGCCGGCUGUGUGUGUCGCAGGGUGUGGUUGCAGCGUCGCCAUCGUCACGGUCACUGUCGCGCGGCGGGCGGUCGACGAGUGUGAGCCGCAGCGUCAGUGUCCGCAGCAGCGACGGCAGCAGAGGUGCCAGCAGUGGCGGCACCACGAAUACGCCGUGCGACAGCCGGCGGUCCAGCCGCCACAGCUUUGGCGACUUGGCCAUGAUGGCUGGUCGUGGGCUUGGCAGCGGAGAGCUGAGACAGCGCAUUGCUGCGUUGGGCAUUGGGGAAAGUGGCGUGCUGAGCAACGGAGUGAACACAACAAUAAUGGCAUCCAUGUCAAAAGCAGGGGAUGGUGGUAACUCCGCCCAUUUACCGCACGAGCACACCAGCAACCACAACGCUGAAAGCAACGGUAGCAGCAGCCAUCACAAUGGAAACAGCAACGGCAGCUGCAGCAGCAGCCACCACGCCCACAACGGUUUCAGCGCCAGCAUUCAGCGGCAUCACCACAACGCUGGCGAGAGUGCGUUUGAGACGCUGCCCCUGCUGCCGUUUACGAUUCCUUCGCUGCAUGUGUCCUCGGCUGACGAGGCCACUGGCAAAGCAGCCAACCCUGACAGCGGCAUUGCGCUGCAUACACGGGAUGACAACCAUCACAAGUGUGAUGGCGGCGGCGGUAUUGAUGAUGAUGGCGGGGACGAGGGUGACAGCCUUGAUGUCGCUCCCUUGAGCUCAUUGUUGCAUGAGGGCGCACUGCCAACAGCAGCAGCAACAGCAACACCAACAACAGCAGCACCAACAACAGCAACACCAAUAACAGCAGCAAGAGUAACAGCAACACCAACAACACCAAUACCAACAACAGCAACAGCGCCCUGUGUUGAUGCGCAGCAACUGGUGCUGGACGGUGGCGAGGUGCGGCGCGAGACCCCGCAAGUGCUUGAUUUUGCGUUUGUGCAAGAUGGUGUAGGCGAUGAUGAGGAUGACCUGUUCCUUGAUCUGACGCGGCCUGCCGUUGAUGUUGAGUCAUCUGAUGCAAGGUUGGUGGUAUCGUCCGCCCCGUCAACAGCACACCACAUGUGCUCGCUUUCAACGACGACGACGACGACAGCGCACGGUACGGCGUCUUAUCCGUAUCCCUCACCAUCGUCGUUCGCGUCCUCAGCAGCUACCAACCUCGCCACCCUCGCCAACUACGACAGCCACCACAAUGAGCAUCAUCAUCGUCACCACCACCACCACCACCACCACCAUCACCAGCAGCAGCAGCGGCAUCUGUUGUCGCCACGGCGGGUGUUCACGCUUCAAAGUGGCGGCAGCGCGAGCAACAACAGCAGCGGUGUCUUUACUUUCACGCCGCGAGCGCAGCAAUUGAGACAGAGGGGAGAGCAGGGCACGGAGGAGGAAAGGGGGGAGGGUGCAGGCGAGGGAGACGAGUGCUCGUUUGCGUAA